AUUGUCCCUCCGUAUUGUCGACACAGCCUCAUGGAGGUCCAUCAUGGCCGCACCAGAACCCGCCAGGCCUGUCAAAGCUGUCGGAAACGGCGGAGAAAAUGCAACGGGCGUCUCCCCUGCAGCCAGUGUGUGACGUACGAGUAUGAGUGUCGGUAUCUGGGUGAUGGGCCUGCUGGUGACCAAGUGAGACAUGGAGAGAAGGAGGAGGAGGAGGAGGAAGAGGAAGAAAGAGAGGAGGAACAUCGGAAAAAGAAGAGAAGAACAGCUGCAAGAAAAGCAGAGACGGAACCGACUCAACCAACCCCCAGACCCGUCGUGGAUACGGUCAAAGGUCGGUACUCGGGCGCCCACAGCAGCAUCGUCCUGCCGCGCCGCAUGGGCCAGUCGAUGGAACUGGGUAGCGAGCUGCGCCUACACUCGUUCGGUUGGAACAUCAAUACGCGGCCAGAGCUGUUGGCGCCUGCCGUCGUCCCGGUCGUGUGUCGAUUGCUGGACGUGCAUACGCUGUCGACGUAUAGCCAGGUGUUUUUUGACGUGGUCGACCCGGUCUACCACUUUCUCGACCGCGCCCGGUACUUGGAGCGCUGUGCAGCGUACUGGGCGGAGCCGCCGCGGGUGCUCGAGGACUUCGAGGCUCUGGUUGCGGGCGUCGUCGUGCUGGGCUCCUUCUUCGCCGACACUCCCGUCGCCGUCGAGGCGGAGCUGGUCGAGCACGCCAAACAAGUGCUCGAUCUGGGCUGUGCGUACGCCCCGGGGAGACUGUCACUCGACCAGGCGGCCGCCUGGAUCGCGAGAACGCUGUAUCUGCGCCUGGCCACCCGCCCCCAUCUGGCCUGGUACGCCUCCUGCUCGGCCAUGCAUGUGGUGGAAGCCAUGGGGUUGCACGUCGAUCUGCGCACCGUCGAUGUGGCCGGCAGGGGGGACUCGUCCGUCGCAGCGCUGACGACGCCCGAGUUUGUCGCCGCGCGACGUAACCUGUUCGAGUGCGCCUCCUUUCUGAAUGCCAUCAUCUCCGCCGACUACGGCCGCUCGCGCGUCGUCCUGCAGGACUCGAUCACCACCACCACCACCACCACCACCGCCGCCGCCGCUGCCGCUGCCGUCGCUACCACUGCCGUACUGGGUUCGUCCGGUCUCGCCGCCGCCGCCGACAGGCCCAUGUCGAAGCUGACGGCUCUCCUCUUGCGUCUGGAGCGCGAUCUCCCGCGUGGCGCCCGCCUGGAGAUCCUCGAGUCUAUCUACAGUCUUCCAAGCGAGCCUGCCGUCUUCGCCCUGCUCAAGACCGAUGUAGCCAUCCAUCUCUUCCGCCGUCACGUCCACAUCGACCAGGAACGGCUGAGCGGCGCCGAGAGCGCCUUGAUGCUCACCAUCCUCAAGGCCGGCCUGGCGCAGACCCGUGGCCUGCUUCCCUCCCACCAAGCUUGGUGGAAUCUUCUCUUCACCCCGUUCCAGGCGCUCAUGGUGCUUCUGGCCAUAGACUCGACCGAAAGCCUCGAGCUUCUCUCCGAAACCAUGUCUCUUCUCGACGCCGUCUCUCAUGCGUUCCCCUGCUUUCUCGCCGGGGAAGUCCUGCAGACCGCGCAGACGCUCGCGAAGGGACUCGAGAAACGGAAGAAGAAACAGGCAAAACUGCUCAGCACUGCCUCCAACUGGACCUUCUCCUCUCCUCCUCCUCCUUCUUCUUCCUCCGCUCAGAACCACCAGGCGACUGACCCAGAUCUACCUGAUGGUAGCACCCCGGCCUCGGUCCAUCCAGGGCACGCCGAGGCGUUAUUAGAUAGCUGGUUUGGCGGAGGGGUCGACUGGAUGGACCUUUGGAACUCGACAGAUCCAGUUUUGGACUUGAAUUUUCCCUAGCAGUAUUCGAUUGAUGCGGUUUAUUUAUACGCGUAUGAGACCAUAUUGACCUAAUACCACCUUUCAAUACUUAUUUAG